UUUAGGAAAGGUCCGCGACCGGCUCGGUUGGAAAGGGAGGAGCGCACGCUCGCGCACAGGGCAUCAUCAUUUUCUCUUUUGACUUUCAUUUUGAGUAUUUCGAUGUGCAGCAAGUUACGGUGAUUUGUGCAUUUCGUGUGCGCGAUAAAAGGCAGCUGCUUUUAUAUGUAUCACGCCUCGCCAUAAUUUAGGGAAGUGCAGGUCUUCAGGGACGGACAGAGGGCUCUAGCUGUCACUGCACGAACACACGCCCAUUUUCAGUAUAUGACCAAAAUAAUGACCCGCGGAAUGAACGUAAGACGUGAAUGCACCGACUCUGCAAGGCGCCGUCGUACUCAGCGGGUUUUUUGUAGGACCUGUGCUUUUCUUUUUGUUGCGAUUUCAGCCGCUCCGUUACAGGCCGUCGAAACGUUAUGACAAAUACGGGGAUGUUUUUGGGGAUCGCCGUGGGUGUUUAUUCACAAAUGACUGCGGCUCGCGCAUAAACAUUGAAAACACGCGUGGCAUUCUGGCACCUGUGCGCGCGGCGCUUCCUGCUUCUUGUGUCCAGAUUCUGUGGAACAAUGGACAAGGACCCCCAAACUAAAGCAGAACCUGCAAAGAGCACAGUCAACACCACGACCACCACAGCGGUGAACCCUUCCCAUCAGGCUAAUGGAGGCCCGAAAACUCCUCCUGCGCUCACAACUGUAACCACCUUCCACAAUCAACCCACCCCCACCAACAGAAAAGUAGUGCAGGUCAAUCUGUCUGGAGACCGACUGGCACCUUCUUUUUCACCAAGUGAGAGAGUCAACCAAGCUUCAUCUUCACUGCAGAGCCCAAAAAUGAUUUCUCUGCCCAACACUCCUGGAUCAACACCCCUUGUAAGAGGAAGUCAGAAUCCAAGCACUGCUACGGCCGCCCGUAAAAUCUCCCCUCAAGCACUGCUUCUGGGGAAGAGCCCAAGUUCAAGUCAGGCUCAGAUGCUCCUGAGGGCUCAGAUGUUGAUUCUAACGUCUGCUGUGCGGCCUGAUGUACCUGCCCUCUCCUCCUCCUCUUCCUCCUACUCCUCCUCCUCUUCCUCACCUCGAUUUCCCUCCACACAGCUCCAGAGUCUGACUCUCCGUCCACCUCCACCUGGCACCCUUACCAUCCCUCCGAACUUACCACUAAAACCCACAACAUCAAGCCAACCCCCUCCUCUUUCAUGCCCAAGAUUACAGACCUUCCAUCUGAGACCCAGCCAGCCAGCGAAUGCUCCAGGGAAGGACGGAGCUACAAAGACAGAAAGCCCAGCAUCUCAAACAGCUCAAUCAAAAGCACCCGUUCGCCAUCUUACGGUUCCACCUCCAUCCCUGUAUGCACCUGCACAGGCCCAUGCCUUAGCGAAGCAGAAGCUGAACAGCAGCAUUCUCAAGAGACCCCACAGCCAGAUCAGCAUCCCCCAGCACCCCUUCAGUCAGAGGCAUACACCCCCCAACUCUCCCCCUGCAACACCAAAGAAGCCUCUUCCAGAGUUAAAGCGCUGCCCAUCCACCCAACCAUCCCAAAGCGUGUCAGCACAGAGCGCUUCAGUGCCCAUCACCGUUCCUUCCCCCGCGAGGUCUCACCUCACCCCCCCUACCCUGACUUUGCCCUUGAGGUCUUCCCCACCUGGUGGGACCUUACUGGCUACAAAACAGCUGCUGAGGAUCGCGUUGUCUUCUGCAUCCCAGUGCACCAAUGGCCAAUCAAAGACAGCCACUGUGUCCCCGCCCCAUGAUCUCAUCCAAUCAAAGCCGCUUGUCUCGCCAGUGCUCUCUAAACCAGAGUGCCCCGCCCAGCCGCUACGGACUCCUAACCCAUGCCCACAGCUGGUGCAGCUGUCACCCUCCAGACAAACCACAGCGGCCACACCUCUCAUCACCACCCCACCACUAGCAUCUCCUCAAAGGGCAUCCCCUCCGUCUCCAGUGCUGCCCCUGGUGUCCACCAGCAGCAUUCUCGCACCACUGCAGUCCCCUUUGACCUCACAGAGUCCAACAAAAACGUCCGAGACAUCGAAAGAGCCAAAAGAUAGAAAGGAAGAGCAAAAGGAGGGAGAUGUACCAGAACAGAUUCCUCAAGAUCUGAAAUGUCCAGCACCCCAAGAGAAAAUCACCCAGGCUGUCGCUGUAGAUCAGCCAUCAAGUGAAACUUCAGAGAAGGUCUUGGACAGGAUGACAGUCUGCACAGAGGAUUCGAGGAUAGACAGCCAGAUGAAGACUUCACAGAAGAAUGAGCCCCUCUCGUCCUCGGUCGCACCAUGGCCAGCUGAGAAAGAUGACCAGUGUGAGGAAACAUCCACCCAGUCAGACAAUCACUCAGCAAUCUCCAGCCUCUCCUCUGACAUGUCACCCAUCCAGUCCUCUAUCACUCAGCCAUUAGAUAUGUCCCCUGUGGACAGCUGCUUUCCUCCAAAGUUUCAUCCUGUGCUAGAGAGGCCACCAGUUCAGCCUCCCACCGUCAGUCAAAUGAAGACCACAGAGGCUCAGCAACCAGCAGAAGUGGUCAAACCUUUAGUUCUGACACACCUGGUGGAAGGAUUUAUCAUACAGGAGGGACUGGAGCCAUUCCCGGUGAGCAGGUCAUCUCUGAUGGUGGGUCCUGUCCAGGAGUCUGGAGUGAAUGGGGUGAGGGAAGCAGAACUCAUCCCUUCUAGUUCAGAACCUCCAGAGGACUCCACAGACUCAGAUGAUGGGGUUACAAACAAUGGUGUCGGACGGUCCCACAAGCUUGUUCUGCAGUGCCAGUUUUGCAAGAGGAAAGGCACUGCCCAAACAUUCCCACGCUCCAAACGCUUCUGCUCCAAAUCCUGUGCCAAGAGGUUCAGUUACACCAAACGUUUCCGCACGCUCAGACGCUGUGUAAGUGAGGGGGGCCAUCGAUCUGAGCUCAAUGGUGCUGAAGAAAAUUUCCACCAGGCCAAACAUGGGACCACAGAGCAGUGGAGAAUCCUUCAACAGCCGCCACAUGAGGGGGAAGAUGGGACGGCCGCUCCGAUGAAGACCAGGCUCCGCAGACACACGGAACAGGAACGGGAGCGAGAGAUUAGAGUCAGGCAAACGGUGGAGGAGACGAGAAGUGCUCCAACUUCACCCAUAGAUCCUAUGUCUCCCACUGAUGUCUCCCCCUUCCCCAAACCAGCUCAGUGGUCAGUGGAUCAAGUGUCAAGCUUCAUAUCCAAUUUACCAGGGUGUCAAGACAUUGCAGAAUCCUUCAGAGCCCAAGAAAUCGACGGGCAGGCCUUGCUUCUGCUGACUGAAGACCAUUUGAUGAGUGCCAUGAAUGUCAAACUUGGCCCCGCUCUCAAAAUAUGCGCCCGCAUCAACUCCCUGAAAGAAGGUGGAAGAUAAAGAGAAUGAAACAGAGACACAAAAGAAGCUAGGUAUAUCCUUGUGGACCAUAAGAGCACUUGCCAAUAGAAUAGAGCCAUUUUGUGCACUUUAAUCUUCAGAGAUUUAUGCGAUAAUUUCAUUGUUAUGAAAAAGCUUACAUGUACUUGCUUGAACUAAACUAGCAAAACCUUACAGUUCUUGUAAACUUAGCCUCUGUCUGAAAGCAUGGUAGCAAUAUAAUGGUCUCAGUCUGUGAGCGUUUUACAGGAUGUAUAUUUAAUCGCAGUAGGAGGGAACUGUUAGCGUCUCCUUUUUUGUAUUGGUAAUCAUGAUCAGGGUCAAUGAUUUUAUAUUUUUGCCUGAGAGCGAAGGAGAUCACUUCCCGUGUCAGUGCGGAGAGUUUUGACAAGAACGGAAGGGCUGUUAUUGUGUGCAUGUCCCAUUGUAUAUAUUUUCCUAUCGUAUUCCAUAUGUAUACAUGUAUAACAAUGCAGUGUUCUGUUCUGUGUGUAUAAAUUAAACAAAUGUUUUGUGAAGGAUUUGUAAUAUUUAAUAUAUUUGUCUUCUAAGGCUCUAGAAAGUACAAAUGCGAAUCAUUUCAAGUUUAUAAACAUUUUUAAAUGACGUUUGAGAUACUGACAUAAAUGACAUUUGGUGGAAUCUCUGCAGUGGUACCGUGUAAAUCAGACAGACUGUCCAAGAAUAAGAAGAAGGUAUACACAAAGGCAAUCUUUUAAAUCAAGGCAGUGAAAAGGUGCCUUUUUUAUGAGACCUUAUGAAACUACUGUAGGUAUUUUGCUGAGGCAGACUAUGUACUAGAUUGUGUCAUCAAGUGUUGUUUCUCAUUGUUAUAUAACCUUUCUUGUGCCACUUUUGAUUAUUUAAUUAAACCAACUACAUUUUGUUACGGAA